AUGAUAGCUGUUAUAACUACUGAGUUAGGGGAUGCCUCGAUAACAUCAUCAUUUGUGGCAAAGCGUACUUCAGUUGCCUCCAUCACCUACAUAAUUCGUCAAGGUCGCAGUAACCUAGUCAUUAACCUUCAGAUGUUGAAGAUUAUUUUCCUUCAAACUGCCUACUUGAGUGUAAUGUACUUAUAUGGUAUGAAAGAGACUUCUAUUCAAGCUACAAUCCAUGUUGUUUCUGCAACGGCUUUCUUUCAGUUUAUGCAGCAUGCUCUGCCCCUUGGUACCCUCUCAGCUGAGCGUCCUCAUUCCAAUAAAUUGUGCACUUAUGUCUUCCUUUCUGUCCUAGGACAAUUUGGAGUUCACCUUUUGGUCUUGAUAUCUUGUGUGAAAGAUGCUGAAAAUUACAUUCCAGAUGAAUUUAUUGAACAAGAGGACUCUCCCAUGACUCAUGAGGACUUGAAUGAUUGGUUGAAGUUGGUCCCUUUAUCCAUAGCAUUAAGAGAUAAGCUGGAAAUGUGGGCUUUUCUCAUGUUUCUUUGCUGCAACUUGUGGGAAAGAUUGUUGAGAUGGUGGGCCUUCUCUCGUUUUUGUCCUGCAGGUAUUGGUGGUGAUGGUCUUUCACGCUACCGAACAGAUUUCCAUGAAAUAGAGCAAAUUGGCAGUGGAAACUUCAGUCGUGUUUUUAAAGUCCUGAAAAGACUUGAUGGUUGCAUGUACGCAGUGAAACAUAGUUUGAAGCGAUUACAUCAGGAUACAGAAAGGAGCAAGGCUUUGAUGGAAGUUCAAGCUCUGGCAUCUUUAGGUUUGCCUGCACAUCCAUUUUUGCUUGAAUAA